UCCUUGCUUAGGUUAAAUCUAAUGACCUUACACUAUGUAAUAUCUGGUCAAAGAAUAAUCGCCGCUUUUAUGUGUACGUUUUAUCCUAAUAAUCCCUUUGCUUUAACCUGUUAUUCGUACGAAUUCAUCGUCGCCGCCAUCAUCAGCGAGGGUGAGAUUGUGCCGUAAAGCAUCGCAGCUAAAGUGGGAGGGACGAGCAUCACUGGAUGUGCCGCUUCCCUGAGCUGUUUGGCCUCCAGGCAGAAGCAUACGCUGCCCGAUCUCACCUACGACUAUGGGGCGCUGGAGCCCCACAUCAGCGCGGAGAUAAUGCAGCUCCACCACAACAAACAUCACGCCACCUAUGUCAACAACCUCAACGUCACCGAGGAGAAGUACCAAGAAGCACUGGCCAAAGGUGACGUAACGGCGCAGGUUGCCCUCCAGCCGGCCUUGAAGUUUAACGGCGGCGGUCACAUCAAUCACACCGUUUUCUGGACGAACCUCUCUCCUAACGGCGGAGGGGAACCUCAAGGAGAGCUGAUGGAGGCGAUCACGCGUGACUUCGGAUCCUUCCAGAAGAUGAAGGAGAAGAUGUCGGCGGCAACGGUCGCCGUGCAGGGCUCGGGCUGGGGCUGGCUGGGCUUGGACAAGGAGAGCGGGCGUUUACGCAUCGCAGCCUGCGCCAACCAGGACCCCCUGCAAGGAACCACAGGUCUUAUUCCCCUGCUUGGGAUCGACGUUUGGGAGCACGCCUACUAUCUCCAGUACAAGAACGUCCGGCCAGACUAUGUGAAAGCCAUCUGGAACGUGGUGAACUGGGAGAACGUCUCCGAGCGGCUCCAGUCCGCAAAGAAAUAAGACUGACCCUGUCGAACGAGAGGGGUGAAAACGAAGGCCUCUUUCUGCAAACAAAUCGCUCUUUACGCACAUAUUCGUUGUCAGACAGCCGUGCUCGUUGCCCAGUAAUGGCGGUUCACACUGAUGCGGUGCCUGUGAAAAUUGAGCCAAUAUUUGCUGACUUAAAAUGAACGCAGCCUUGUUUCCCACAAUGCAUCACUCUUCAUUGGCAGUCAGUAAUGAAAGCUUAGUUAUGUUGCUUCAUUAAAAGUAUUUGCAGAA